UUUUCCUGCACAUCUGCGGUAGCGUGAUUGUUGUUUUAAAGUUUUUAGAAUAUUCUGUGGUUAGCUUCUUGUUUUGCAGAGCAUAAGUUUCAUUCUGAAAAAGCACCAAAAUGGCGCAAAAACGAUCAUCCAACGGUGUGCGGCUUCUGAAGGAAGAAAGCGAUCUGAUGAUAAUCCGACCGCUGGGGGCCGGACAAGAAGUGGGCCGGUCAUGCAUUAUGUUGGAGUUUAAAGGAAAAAAGAUCAUGCUCGACUGUGGAAUCCAUCCGGGACUUUCCGGAAUGGAUGCGCUUCCGUUCGUCGAUCUCAUCGAUGCCGACCAGAUUGAUCUGCUGUUCAUUUCGCACUUCCAUCUUGAUCACUGCGGAGCGUUGCCAUGGUUUCUGCAGAAAACCUCCUUCAAAGGACGCUGUUUCAUGACGCACGCUACAAAGGCCAUCUACCGGUGGAUGUUGUCUGAUUACAUCAAAGUCAGCAACAUUUCCACGGAUCAAAUGCUGUACACUGAAGCGGACUUGGAGGCUAGUAUGGAGAAGAUUGAAACGAUAAACUUUCACGAGGAACGCGACAUCCUUGGGGUGCGGUUCUGGGCGUACAAUGCGGGUCACGUGCUGGGAGCCGCUAUGUUUAUGAUCGAAAUCGCCGGCAUUCGGGUGCUAUACACAGGAGAUUUUUCGCGCCAAGAGGACCGUCAUUUGAUGGCUGCCGAAAUACCAGCCAUGCGUCCCGACGUACUGAUAACUGAGUCAACUUACGGAACACACAUUCACGAGAAGCGGGAGGAUCGAGAGAGUCGUUUCACGUCCCUAGUGCAGAAGAUCGUAACACAGGGAGGAAGGUGCCUGAUUCCCGUGUUUGCCCUUGGCCGAGCUCAAGAGUUGCUGUUGAUUUUGGACGAAUACUGGAGCCAAAAUCCGGAGUUGCAGGAGAUACCCAUCUACUACGCAUCAUCGUUGGCAAAGAAAUGCAUGGCCGUCUAUCAGACCUACAUUAACGCGAUGAACGAUAAAAUCCGUCGACAGAUUGCCAUCAACAACCCGUUUGUUUUUCGAUACAUCUCAAACCUGAAAGGAAUUGAUCAUUUCGAUGACGUUGGUCCGUGUGUCGUCAUGGCAUCGCCGGGAAUGAUGCAGAGUGGGCUUUCCCGCGAGCUGUUUGAAACGUGGUGUACCGAUCCUAAAAACGGUGUCAUUAUAGCCGGCUACUGUGUGGAAGGAACGCUGGCUAAAACGAUUCUCUUUGAACCAGAGGAAAUAACGAGCAUGAAUGGUCAAAAGCUGCCUCUGAAUAUGUCGGUAGACUAUAUUUCCUUCUCCGCUCACACCGAUUACCAGCAAACGAGCGAAUUCAUCCGCCUGUUGCAACCGACACACGUGGUAUUGGUACAUGGCGAACAGAAUGAAAUGAGUCGCUUAAAGUCCGCGUUGAUGCGCGAGUACGAGGCCAAUCCAAAGAUUCAGAUAACGUUCCACAAUCCACGUAACACCCAACCAGUGGAACUGUAUUUCAGAGGCGAAAAGACCGCUAAAGUAAUGGGAACACUGGCAAUCGGUGAGCCGGCGGAUUGUCAGCGGCUGAGUGGUGUGCUAGUAAAGCGAGAAUUUAAGUAUCAUCUACUGGCUCCAACAGAUCUUUCUAAGUACACCGACAUGAGCAUGUCGAUAGUGACGCAACGACAGAGCAUCCAUUUUCCCGGAUCUACGGUUGUGCUGAAAUUACUUCUUGAACGUGCCGGAGGCCCAGGAUCAGUGGUAGAAUGCCCGCUUGCCGAAGGAAGCACUGCAUCGGCUCGAUUGCGAGUUUGCGAUUGUAUCGAUCUGACUGCCGACGGGAAGAUCGUCACUCUGGAAUGGCAAGCGACGCCGGUGAACGACAUGUAUGCAGAUAUGGUAAUGGCUUGUCUGCUGCAGUGCGAGAUUGCUGGCAGCAACGUUGUCGGGGCGCGUAUGUCCAAGGUGGAUGAGAAACACUAUCAGAAUUGUCUGAUUGAAACGCUGCAGGAGUUGUUUGGAGAGCAAUCGAUGGAAAAGUUUAUCGACUCGAAUAGACUCACGGUUACCGUACGUGGAAAGCGCAUCGUGAUUGAUCUGGAGACAAAUCAAGUCGAGUGCGAACAAGAUGAACAGCUGUACCAGACGGUUUUCAUGACCGUGCGCAAAUUACGUCAAAGUUUAAUGUUGUAGGUGCAUAAUUUCAACAUAAUUACAGAGCAAAUAAAUGAAUUAUCAU